AUGGCCCAGAACUUGAAGGCCAGGCAGUUCCCUUGCCAGCGCAAGGGGGUCUCGCCUGCGCUGGCCGGCGGUGGGCGGCGGCAGUGCCGCGCCGCCCUGGCUCGGAGCAAGCCGGCCCAAGCUCCCCUGGUUAUGGCUGGUCGGAAUCUGACGCUGAGCACGUACUGGGACUGCAACGGUCAAGGCUGUGACGCCGAGACGCUGCAGCCAUGGAGGGCUGCCCUGUACGUCAGCCCGCCUGGAUAUGGCCCCCAGGACCCGAAUGACUUCGGCGGGCCCGUGUACGGUGAGGCCAUGUGGCUCACCGGCGCGGCCUCCGACGCUCUCUCGGCGCUGCUCGGGCCCGACGAUGGCUGCUGCGGCGUGGACGGCAACGACGGCGGCGUGGGGGGCUGCGGCAGGUGCCUCCUGGUGCAGAAUGAAGCGUCGCUGCACCCGGAGUGGACUGCGGUCGUGAUGAAGAAGAGCCGCUGCCCGCCAAGCUCGGCCGGGUGCGACGCCGACACGCCGCACUUCGACAUUGCGGUCCCUGGCUUCGACUACCUCUCCAACUCUUCGUCCAACAUGUGCGGGCAGCCUGGCACCGGCUUCGCCAGCCAGAGGCAGAGUGUUCCUCUGGGCUCCUGGUGGGACCUGUGCACCUCGUGGCCCUGCGACCUCAGCCACUUCGAGCACCUGUGCGACGAGCUGCCCCCCGUCUUCCAGCCGGGCUGCAGGCUCUUCACGUCCUGGGGCUGGAGAUCUGGCCUCCCCUCCGCGGUCACGUACCGGACCGUCGACUGCCCCCCGGAGUUUGUGGAGCACGUGCGGGCCGCCUUCGGCCCGGACGGCCCCGGGGGCUGGCCGCCAACGCCUGCCCCCAACACCACGGCGCAGGCCCCAGGGAACUCGACGGCGUGCGCCACCGGAGCCUGGGAGAGCUGCCAGGAGUCGCGGUGCUGCGCGGACGAGGGCUUCACCUGCUUCGCGAAGGACGCGUACUGGUCGAUGUGCCUGCAGGAGUGCGCCCCCGGGGAGAUCAACCCCGACGACCCCCGGGAGUUCCAGACCCCCUGGAGCUGCGCCGUCCACGGGCCGGGGGCCCGCCCCCCGGCUCCGCCGACGGCGGCCCCGACGGCGGCCCCGGGGCCCACGCCCUGCUCGGGGGCGUGGGAGGGCUGCCAGGCCUCGCGCUGCUGCGCCAGCCAGGGCUUCGCGUGCUUCCAGAAGGACCCCUUCUGGGCCCAGUGCCGGCGGGAGUGCACGCCCGGGGAGGUCAACCCCGACGAUCCUCCGGAGUACCAGUCGCCCUGGUCCUGCGUCGUCCUGGACGUCGAGGACACCAGCCAUUCGAUCACCACGACUUCGACGUCCAGGACGAGUGUUUCUGGAAGUUCUGCGGUUCCAGAGUUGCUGACAUAUACGAGGUCUACCACUAGCCAGGUCGUCAACAGUACUGUUUCAGACAUCGCGCCACAGACUGAGUCUGCCGCUGCUACGGUCAUUGGCACCACCGCUGGGACCACCACUGGCACUACCACCGCAUUCGGCCAGUUCACCAUCGUCGGCACCACUUCCGAGCGCAAUACGCAGUCGCAGUCAGCUCCUGGCGUAUCUGCCACGAUCACGUACUUCGAAACAAGUGGAACUUUGACCAGCACAAAACCGGAGGUGACCGUACUCAGCAGCCAGUCUGAAACCAGUACAUUCUCGCCCAGAACGGCCAGUACUAAUGGAGCCACUGUUACUUCGCCAGCGCGGACCAUCACAGUAACGGGCACGACGCAGACAACGAGGCCGACUGAUCUGCGUGGCUCGUCGACCAUGACCAGCGCCAUCUCCGCGGGCCCCAGGACCACCAUGACGAGGUGGUCGUCAGUAACCCGCACAACUUCGCGCCCGACACCAGCUCAGCAUGCACGCCGGGGCUGUGGACGGACUGCACGGAAUCCCGCUGCUGCGCGGAGCCUGGCCUCGAGUGCUUCGAGAAGCACGAGUGGUACGCGCAGUGCCGCCAGGACUGUCCAGGCGGUGCUGGCUGGAGCUGCAGGGUGCUUCGGCCGUGAAGCGAAGCGAUGGCGCAGCGGAGGCGACUGA